UUGUGCAUCGAUUGAGACUUUGACAAAAGUAAAGGUCAAUAUGAAUUUGAUUCCUAUAGUUUCCAAUUUCUCAGAUGCAAUAUAGUAAUAUGAUCAUAUUUUCUUUCAAUGUAUAUUGUAGGAUGGCACUUCUUGUCGACUUGCAAUUGGGACUAAGGACAAUGUUGUCGGUGCUGGAACUAUUUUCGACUACUACAUGGACGGUGACAACGUGAAGGUAUCAGUAGACAUGGUUACCGAUGGUAAUUGCUUCGUUCCUGUUCCAACAAGGGAAGGUAGGACUAUGCUUUCCCAAGAAGUUGGUUCACAGUUGUUAUGGCCUCGUCAUUUAGUCAUUCCCCUAGACGAAAAGAUGAAAAGCGUGUACCAAGCUGAUCCGCGAUUACCGUCGUUGACACUGAAUACAAAGAGAGCACCAGUUACACUACGAUUAUUGCUAUGGGAACUUGAUUAUAUUGGGUCAAAAAUUCAAAUUCACGUACCUGCUAAAGUUUUUGGAAUUUUGUCAAAUGCAACCUAUAUCAACCCAAUGCAUUGA